UCUGGCAACUAGGAGAAGGGGUUUGGCUGCUUGGAGGGAAAUUCAACCAAAAUAGUGUCGCGGCUCCUCGAAAAUUAAGACAACGUGUAUAAACAACGGGCCUGUAUAGUUUGACUACACUACACAUCUCUUCAAGUCGUUAAGGGACCAAGAAACUAAGUAUAACACACUUUUGCCGUAGGCUAGCCGUUUAUUAAAACGUGAUUUGAUAUGUGCGUGCACUGCGUAGAUAACUGGAAGCUCUCUGUCGCUGUUAGCUCAGCUAGCUAGCCUCGUUUAAAAGUUCUUGCUGCACGGGUUUCGGCUAUGGGCUAAUUCAGAGGAUGCCAAUAGAUAACUUAUAAACGGAUAACGCUGGAUCAUGGAUCGGAGGACGACGAGGCUCGACAGUCAACUGUGUAAAGCUGUGAACGAUGGAGAACCAAGAUCUGUACAGCAGCUUCUCUCACAAGGUGCACGCCCAGACCUGGUGGGUAGUAGUGGGGUGUCUGCGAUACACUUGGCUGUUGGCAAAGAGACAGAGAAGAACACACGCUGCUUGAAAAUGUUGCUACAGUAUGGAGCGGAUCCCAAUGUCAGAUCAUCAGAGGGCCUGACCCCUCUUCACGUUGCUGCGCUCUGGGGAUGUUAUCAAAAUCUGAAGCUGCUCUUGAUGAAUGGAGGAAACCCAAACAACAAAGAUAAUGAAGGGAAUACACCAGGACAGCUUGCAGAGCAGCAGGAGAAUCGAAAAUGUGCCCAGCUCCUUCAGGAGUACCAGAGCAGCUCUUUGGACACAGAAGAGGAUGACUUGCCUCAAUUCCAAUACUCUGUGUAUUCAGAUCAAACGGACACGUCUGGCUAUCCUGAAUCAGAUUACAGCUUCAGUUCCCACUACUCCAUGAUAAGUGACUUUGGUGAAGCCCCAUUGAGCAGCACAAGACGCUCCUCAUUUUUCAACUUGUCUAACAUUCAUGGAAGGCCAAGUUGCAAAGGAAUAUCAUCCAACAAACUUUCUGACAUGGACACUAAGAGGCAUCACUGGAAUGAUUCCACCUCACAAUGGGCAUCUGAAGGUCCCUCCAUCCUAUCAAGCACACGCAUGUCUGCAGCGGGACCUGCAGUUGCAAUGCCGAUUCUUAAGGAGGAUCAUUUUUGUACUUACGAUGAUGUGUUUGGAUCAGAUGCAAAUGAACGUGCUGCUACAACUGAUGGCAGAGUAUCCCUAUCCAGAAGAGACACCCUGCCAGCAUUUCCCCAGAGGCGAGGAAGCCGAAAAAGUGUGAGCUUCAGAGAUGUAGAUGAAUAUUUCCCCGUUUUUAGCCUUGAAUCUCCCAAACAGCUGCCUGCUGUUGAUGGAAGCCAGUGCACCAGCAGCUUACCUUUUGAAUUGUCUGAGUACUCUGACUUUCUUGAUUCAGAUCGCAUGGCCACUGUAUUACACAAGCAGGGCAUUGAUGUCACAUCACCGGAUCACGUCUAUGUUUUUUGCAGGGAGAGCAGUGAGAGCGCAGAAGAGGAAAUGGAGAAAACAGUCAUCAGUCACUGUGCUCUGGAAGACAGUGAUGAUGAACAGGAGGGUGAACUUAUAAAAGAGUCUCAGGUGAAUAUACCACAACAGGCAGCCUGUGUUGGUAGCAGUAGCAGUGGGACUGGUAGUAGUCAUUAUAGUAGCUGUGAGAGCGAUCAUUACACCAGCGCUCUGGAAAUGUCUCUACACCCUAAACAUUGUUCACUCCCUGCAGUAGAGAAAGUUUCUGUCGGGUCUGAAUCUGACAAAGAGAUUCAGAUUUCUACAGACUCAGAUUCUGAAUUUACAGCGCGAGGUGGGAAUCUUCUACCUCUUCAAACAGGGCAUCAGAUCGAAUCAGAACCUGAAACUGUAGCGUGUGAUACAUUGGCCCCGUCUGGAUUAAAACACCUAAACAAUGAUGUAUUUGAGGGUGGUAGUGGUCCUGAUGCGGACACUUCCAGUAAAGGUGUUGUUGAUCAGCCAAUGGAUAAUGCAGCUGACACUUUACAGGAACUUCCGUUCACACCAAGCCCUUUUGUAACAGGCAGGACUCGGUCAAGGUUGAGUCGCUGCUCACUGAGAACAAGCAGGACCCCAGAGAGCCUACUCUGCAGUUCUUCUCUUUUUGAGGAGACCCUUCCUACACCAGUUCGCACACGCCGCCAGACGCCCAAGUCUCAGAGCAGUGAAGACUUUUAUAGUUCACCACGUGCAGCUUUCUAUACACCGUCCUAUUCGGGGAGUAGCACAGGAGGCCACCCCUUGUCUGCUGAUUUCCAGAACACCCAGUCCAGCACCCUCCAAGCUGGUUCAAGUGUUAGCAGUAGCCAAGCUGACACUCUCAUCCUCUCUAGGAGCGUAACGGACUCUGUCGAUGAAUCUCAUACGUUGUCCGACACAGUCAUACUGGACAAAAAACAGGACUCUUCAAUGGAUGCUUAUGAAAGAAACCUUGCAGAGGUCAUACAGGCAAUGAAGGGUCAUAAUCUUGCUGAAGGCAGGGAUUUUUUGACUGAUGAUCCUACAAGUUCAGAUGAGGCAACAACAAAGGGAAAUGUAAAUUAUGUCCCUGGUGAGGACAUUUUAAAAAACAAAGAUGUCUGGCUCACGGAGGACUCUAGUUCUCAGCCGCAGUCUUUGUCAUCUUCAUCCAGCUCCAGCUGUCUUUCCCUAAGGGGAUCCAGUGAAGACUAUGACCUUUCUUGCACUCCAGGCACUGGAUACACCCCCAGGUACAGCAUGAGCAGACUGUCGAGCUGCCGCAGGCCGCAGCACCUGGCUAACCUGUCGUACACCCCCGGAGGGCGUCCACACAUUCAGGAUCUGGAGGAACCAGUGGAGUACCUCUACACUGAUACGGAACAGGGCCACAAGCUGAUCGAGACCCACGUCCCUCCUACAGCAGACACCUCACUCAGCUCCAGCAUGAGCACCAGCAGCAGUGACGAGACCAUCCUUUAUGAUUGGAGAACCAUGCAGACUGACAUGAUGAAGAACAGAGGCAAGGAGAACCAGAGACCUGCGAUGGUGCAUAAGAAGGAGGAAAAUGACAAGGAAAGUGUGUUGCCGGAGACCAAAGGGCUGACGGACAAGGAGCUGAGAUUGAGGCUAGUAGAGCUGGGGGAGAGCCCGGGCCCCAUCUGCAGCCGCACCAGGCCCACCUACAUGCGAAAGCUGUGUCGCCUGUUGCAGGAGUCAAACCUCCAAUCACCACAUCACCGGAAGCAGUUAGACCAGCCUCAGACAGAUUCAGAUUAUAGUCCAGAAUUGUGCCGGGCCCUGAGGACCUUUGAGCUGCCUGAUUGCCAGUCUGACGAGCAGGCGUUGUGCCAGCAGUUUGACCAACCGGAUCAAAACAGAAAGUGGAGGGAGGGCAUCAUCAAAUCCAGCUUCAACUACUUGCUGCUCGACCCAAGAGUGACGAAGAACCUCCCAUUCCGCAGUCGCACCAUGAGUCAACAGGAGUGUUUCCAGACGUUUAUCCAUGCUGUAUUUUAUAUAGGCAAAGGAAAACGCUCCCGUCCUUACAGCCAUCUGUAUGAGGCUUUAGAGUACUUCAAAGGAGAGAAGACCUGCAAGAAAUUGUGCCCCAAAGUGCAGCACAUUCUUCAGGUGUGGAGUGCCGAGCAGGGCGUCAUCUCUCUGCACUGUUUCCAGAAUGUCAUUCCAGUGGAGGCCUACACAAGAGAGGCAUGCAUGGUGGAGGCCAUUGGGUUAAAGAUGCUCACCAAUCAGAAGCGGGGGGAUUUUUAUGGCGUGGUGUCCAACUUGCAGCUGAAGAAGAAACGGGAGCUGGGAAUCCACCUGCUCUUCAGGGCCAUGCAGAUCUUUCUGGCCGAGGGUGAGAGACAGCUCAGACCAGCAGACAUCAGACAGUAGUGACCCUCACUGGAGGGGGGUUGUGUACCGCAGCAAAGUGCCAAUGCACAGCAGGGGAAAUACCACUAUGUCAGGGUAAGAAAGCACUCAAUUUUGGGGUGGAGUUUACAAUAUCGGGAUCCUCUGAGCUGCUAAUUGGCAUUAAUAAUAAUCAUCUUUAUGUCAUAAAUGAACGCUCCAUCCCUCAGCAUAAUACAGUUCAUCAAACAUGCAACAUUCUCUUCUAAUAUUUCCAACCUUUGAACUUGUCAGUUAAGAUCCUCUUGCUUGUUUUUCAGUUUAGAGUUUACUUAAAGUGUCAGCUGUGGGAGAUGUAAUGAUAUCGUAACUGCUUGAUUCUUGUUUUGCAUUAAUUAUUUUUUGUACUCAUGUUUCAUGUGGAUUUGAGAUGGAUUUGCUCAUUAUGCUCUUUUGAAUCAUCUUCCGAGACAGGACAAAAAUAAUUAUUCCCCCAAAAACUAAUAAAGAUAAAAUCAUGUAUAAAUGAAGAAAAAAAGUUGGAACGUGAACAUGAUCUCAUGUCAGAAGUUGCGACAAAUAAGCAUGACAGUAAUUUUCCAUAAACAUUCUUCCCAGUAGGACACUUCUCUUCUCCACUGCUGUAGCACUAAUGACUUUUUCAAAUUGAUCCACAACCAAUUUAAAAAACAUUUCAGCAUAAUCAAAUUAGCUGCUUUUACAGUGCAUUGUGUCAUUAAAAAGUAUUUUCCAAAGGAACUGAGCGAGAAGCCUGGUAGUUAAUCAUUUUAUUUUUGUAGUGUUAAAAAAUAAAUGAUGGUGAAUAUAGCAGAGGCUGGUAACUGGUACUUGGCAUGAUCGGUUUCAUUGAUAAAUCAACAAUGUGUACAUUUUUAGAAACAUGAUGUGAUGCUGUUUACAUGGCUGGAUUUCUGUUUGGUUUUUGAUGCCAUUUAAAAAAAAGUGCCAAUUAUCAAAUUGUCAAAAGGAAUAGUUGUUUGUAUGUGUAGAAUUUGUGAUUAGAGACGUUUGUCGGUAGUACAUCAGCGCUUAAAAUGUUAAGAUAUUGGAGUGUUGGGCUGUCAGUUUGUGUUAGUUCACGUCACUGGGUUACACCUGUUAGUUAGUGCCAUAAUCUUACCAUAAUCUACAUAAUUGUAUUAGUGAAAUCAAUUCAUCUUUAUCAAGAUCUCUAUUGGUCAGAGAUACCAAACUGAAGUCACUGUUCUCAUGAUCUGCAUGUAUAUGUUGCAGAAAAAAUGAGCUCCAAAACUAUUUAUUAUCUCCUCAGGGUAAUUAUCUGGAAGCUGGAAGCUACAAGCUUUAUAUUAACACAAGAUGCAUUAAUACUAACAAUUUUGUAUUUUAGCAAUAUAUAUUUUUUUAUCUUUCAAUGCCCAGGUUGCAUAAUAUCAAAUUAUUAUUAAUUAUCAUGAUUUAAGGGAUUAAAACACCUGAUCUAUAGUGUUCAUGAAAAUAAUUACCAAUUGUGAAAAUAAUUCGGUGUGCAGACUUUUGUUUUUUGAGGUGUUUAUAUUUCCUACAGCCCCUUCUUGAGAUCUGUUUUUUUUCCAUGUGUUGUGAUGCCUGUAAUAAUUUUUUGAUCAAGUAAUUAACAAAGUGCUCUCUUUUCAUUAUGAUCAUGAACUUUUACUCUUCCUACUGUAUUUUCUUGCCUUUGUUUUGCAUUAACGUAACUGUAGUAAAAUACAAAUGACAAACUUGA